AUGAGUGCUCUUCUUGCUGGCAGAAUUGCAGUUGUUACUGGUGGAGGAGCAGGAAUUGGAAAGUCUAUCUGCCAGACAUUGGCUAAUCAUGGAGCACGAGUAGUUGUUGCUGAUUGGAACGUAGAUACUGCCGCUGCUACUGCCAAAGAUCUCCCGUCAACCUCUGCAAAACAUUCUUCAUGCUUUGUCGAUGUGGCCGAUGUGGACAGUGUGCAAAAACUCAGAGACCACGUGAAGACAAUUGGAACAUCGUCGAUUCUUGUCAAUUGUGCCGGUGUUACUAGAGACUCGACUCUUGUCAAGAUGACUCAAGACAAUUGGGACAGCGUCAUUAAAGUCAAUCUCAAUGGAGUUUUCCAUCUCUCCCAAGCAUUUGUGAGGGAAUCCGUUGAAAACAACAACCACCCACUCUCCAUUAUCAACGUUUCCUCGAUUGUCGGAAAGAUGGGAAACUUUGGACAAACCAACUACGCAGCUACAAAAGCUGGAGUCAUCGGAUUCACAAAGUCGGCUGCUAAGGAAUUGGCUAAAAAGAAUGUCCGUGUCAACGCCGUCCUCCCUGGAUUCAUCAAGACCGCAAUGACCGAAAAGAUGCCUCCAAACGUUCUCGCCGAGAUUUGCAAAGGGAUUCCAAUGGGUCGUAUGGGUGAACCUGAGGAAAUCGCCAACUCCGUACUGUACCUGGCCUCCGAUCUCUCCUCGUAUGUGACUGGGGCAACUCUCGAAGUUACCGGUGGAUUCAGCAUGUAA